GAACGACCUGGUCCCUAUGUAGCUGAGGUGGUUUGAUGGUACCCACCGGAGCAUGAGCAAUACGAUGGCAGCUCCAGCGCCAGCGCCAUCUGCAGAGACGGAGAGUCUGCUGGCGCGUUUGGCGCAGCGAACCGGCGUGCAAGGCACCCUCAUCCUCGCUCGCGACACGGGAUCUAUAGUGCGCUCAUCCGGGCUGCUCACUCGCGACGACGGCGCAGACGAAGAAGAGGCGAGACCGGCGACGUCGAAUGGUGCCGAGCCAGACGGCAAGAAGAAAGGCACCAGACAGGCCGAAGAGGUGGCACGACUGGUGUACAAGUUCGUCCAGAGCGCGGCUGAGAUGGUGGAGGACCUGAACGGCGAGCACGACGAGUCCAAGCUGCUGCGCGUGAGGACGAGGAAGAACGAGGUCGUCAUAGUGCCCGAUGCGAGAUUCUUGCUCGUCGUCAUACACGAUACUCCGCCUGCGCCUUGAACUCGACAUGACCCAAAGCUCGUCUAUCAGCACUUGAAUACGUUCUGGCUUUUCGUCGAGCCUAUAGCUGCCACAUUGAGUCUGGCUCAUCGGCCACCACCAAUGAGCGACGCCUCAAGCUGCGUCCGGAGAACAACAACAUGAGCCUCAGACACAGACACGAGCGGCCCAAGGACCACGAGCAGGCCACCGGACGACCCAUGGUUUUACUGGGCAUCGAUGAAUGUAGAGCAGCAGGAACAAGAAACGAAGAGCAGGCAUGUCGGUUAUCUGUCGACAUCAAUUCGCGAGACAUCGGUCUCCCUUUGCUUUCUCACCAUAGUUGGUGCCACUCAUAUGACGCUCUCGCCGCCCUUAUUAACAACCUAGUCUUCUCAGCCUCAAUACCUAUCCCACCGCCUUUUGUCGUGAGAAUCCUGGGAUUCGUACCACUAAAAGUAGCACUUCGAAGGGCUCAAUAUUGUCAACUUGUCAUCCCUGGCAGAAUUAAGGUCAUGUAUCUGAUUUCCCAUAAUCGAAAUGCUUGGUUGGGGUCAGUUCUCAAGGGUGUCUCCUGCUGGC